AGUUCUUCGGAGUUGCAGGACGAGAGGAGGUGGGAGUGUCUAGUUUUUUGGAUGGUACGAUUAAAACGUAUACUCGUUGGCGUAUAGACUUAAAUAAUUCAAUGAAGAGUUUAGGCGGUUAAAUUAGCCGCAUAGCACAUGGACAUUGUAUGGCGUACACCUAUUCCACAUGCCUAUCAACCGUGGCUCGCUAUACAAUUUCAUAAUUUCAGACAACAGUUUUAUUUCGUAAUAAAUUAAAUUUUAUAUAAAAAAAAAAAGUUAAUUCAGCGAAUAAUAACAGGCCUAAUAAUGGAUAAAUAUUUAUUAAAAAUCAGGUAUUCGUGAUUUAAACCCACCUUGACACCACUUUCAAUCCGGGUAGAGAAAUGACGUAAAAACAUCCUCUCGAGUGUUUAUUUAGAAUGUACAGGUGAAUUCGCCGCGUGCGUUAUUUGUUAUUUAUGGUCGAAUGAUUUAUAUGGAAUAACGGGAUGUAGAUGGAGGGAAAGGUUUAUAUAUAAAUAGGAGAUUAACACAUCGGAUAUCAGUAUUCACUAGUUGAAUAGCGGUGAACACAGCAGAAGCUAUAUUAACCACAACAACCAUAAGAAUAGAAGGUUUAUAUUUAACUAUAAAGAUAACAAUGGUGGAGAUGAAGAUAUCAAUAUUAGUGGGAUUGAUUGUAGCUGUUACACACGUCAACAGUCUCAAAUGUGACGGCAAGGCAGAUGUGGUGAUUGCAGUUGCAGGUGCUCCUAUGCAAGUUCCUCAAGAUCAGUUCAUCAGAUUAGAAAACUUUCUGAUCGGAAUGGUAAAUUAUUACGACAUCUCCAAAACAGCCACAAACGUGGGGUUGAUUCUCUAUGGUCGAGAUCCACAAAUCAUCACGCGUCUAACCCCAUCCCAUAACAAACGUGAUAUCAACACAAGGAUAUCUUUACUGGCACAGAGAGAGUUGUAUCGUCCCAUAUAUGGUGGAUCGAACGUUGUCAAGGCAAUCGACGCCAUGAUUGAUCUCCACAAGGACAACAAACGACCCGGUACACCAAAGAUUGGUGUCAUUAUAACAUACGGGGCAGCAGAUUUAUCUGGUCCAAAACCAGAUGUCAUUGCUAAAAGAAUCGCCGAAGCUGGAGCGAGGGCUAAGAAGGCCGGAAUUGAAAUGUUUGCUGUGUCGUCUGGUGGAUUGAUUCCUGGCUUUGAGGACAUAACAUCCGGAGAUAGAUGCCGCUUGUUCAGCAUGAGUGAUUUUCAACGCUUACACGUUCUUUUACCAUACUUAGCUAGUACUACUUGUUAUGUGACGGAUCCUGGCGUAACACCUAGCACUAGUAAAUGUUUUCCAGAGGUGCUUCCACCACCCAAACAGAUUGAGAUGACGUGUCCUCCACCUAGUUCCGGUUUCUAUGAAGACAAAAACAACUGCGCCUACUUUAUACAGUGCACAGAGACCGGUAGAAUCCGAACCAGGUGUGCUGGCGGAACUUUAUAUGAUCCCCAAAUCGAACGAUGUAACCAUAAAGAAUUCGUCACGUGCUGGAGUAAGGUCAAGUGUCCCCAACAAUACGGUCUAUUCCCUCAUCCCCACUUCUGCAACCAGUACUUAAAUUGUGCUUUCGGGGUUCCGUAUGUCCAGACCUGUCCUGCAGGUUUAGUAUUCAAUAAAAGUUACUGUGAUUAUCGUUCUAAUGUUGACUGUGGAGAUAAGAAAACUUCUCACCAAACAAAUUAAAAUGAUAUUAAAAAGUCUCUGCUGCAAAUAUCUUACUAAAAUACAGAUCUAUAUUUCGUUUCGUUCUUUUUUUUUCAUGAUUUCGAUGAACUUUGAUUUGACGAAGCAAACUAUUUAUGUGUGACUUUUAAUUUGUUUGCUCUACAUAUGUCUCUCAUAAUUCAGUGCACACCUCAGUUGAAGCUCGACAAAACAAACGGCACUCCCAUUUUAUCAAGUGAACGCGGUUUAUUUAAAAUGCCUUCCGGACCCCACUGUCCUGAAGACUAACAAAACGAAAAUUGAACCAAAAGAAAACGAAACGAAAUAGGAUAUGCUCAAUUGGUUGAUCAAAAGUGUUAAGGCUAGUUUCCAUAUAGUUGUCAAAUAUUUAAUAAUGCACACUUCGGAAAAGUAUUUGCAUAGCCUAGAAAUGUCAUCCACUACAAUGUUGUUAUUACAUGCCAAAAAUGGUCACUAGUAGAAUAUUGUUAGAUGUAUUUAUCUUGUCUGGAGAACUUCUUACUUACAAAUAUCGGCGGCAGAGAAAAACUUUUAAUUU